AAUUUGGUGUUCACAGUGGACGUUUUCUACAUAUCUCAGCGAAUUGUCGAGUGUUGAUUUCCUGAGUAGAAUAAAAACAAGAAGAAAAUAUUAAAACUGAAAUUCGCCUACCAACCAGGCAAUGUGAAUAUUUGUUUGAAGAAUCGGAAGCUUUAAUUCGAAUCAAUCGUUUCAUCAUGUAAUCUAUGCUGUACUCAGGUCGAUAAUAUGCCACGAUAAAUUUGUAUCUUUAUUCUUAUAUGUAAUCUAAAAUGUUUUCAUAGACCACACGUUACGAAUCCCAUGAGGCUGCAAUCGACACAAGAUAGUAAAAGAAAAAAAUUAUGAGGAUUUCAUUUUAUUAUUAAAUUUCACUUAAUGAGAGAUUUCAACAACACACCUCACUUAAGAGCUAUUGAAAACAUUUAAUAAGCACAAAUAGCCCAACUGUUACAGUGCAUUAUAGCGGAUUUGGUAUAUCUCACUAACUAAACUAACUAAAACUACUGCGCAGAAGUUUCAAUUUAAGGCAACGUUAAACAUCACAGCAGCAAAACAUUAUUAAAACAUUAUUAAUUACUGCUAUUAUUAUUAUUAUAUGUGUAUUAAGUAAAUAAAGCGUCAUUGCUAUUUUAACAGAGGCUUUCGUUUUAGUUUGACUUGACACAUAAACGGCGAAAUGGACAAGUGUUUACUUUGUUUGGAAACCGACUUGGAAUUUGAGCCAAACAUCAAGGUGGGCUCAACACAAUGGGAAGAAUUAAAUAUAAAGAAUAUUAUAGAAAAACAUUUAUGGUCGAUAAAUAAUAUUGAGUCCUACCAAUGGAUAUGUCAUACUUGUUGGAAAGAGUUACAUGAUUUUCAUAAGUUCUACUCACGCCUAGAAAUUGCUCGUGUAAGUCUACUUAAGGUUAAUUCAGAAAAUAUAAAAUUGGAGACAUCGCGUAAUGGAUCACCCAUUCCUCCGCCAGCAGAACGAACUGAGCAAAUGGUCUCCGAAGCUAGAGAAAUUGAUAAAGCUUUGUUUGAAGAUAGCUUAGAAACGGAAAUGUUAAUAAACCCAUCAAUACCCACUUGUGAAUUAAUUAUUGAACAAAAUAAAUUACCUAUUAAUGAAACAUUGUCGGAUACUGAACCGAUUGCGCAAAAGAAGCGUAGAGGUCGACCACGAAAGCAGGAAAAUGCAGAGAGUUGCUCACAAAAAGUAAAAAAGAAAGUAAAAAUAUUAAAACGUCAAGCUGUAAAAAGAAAUCAAAAGGAUGUUUCUCUCUCCCGCACAAUUGUUGGAAAAACAGUCAGCACAUCUGAUAAAAUUAUCGAGAUAAAGCCAGAAAUCAAGGAGGAACCUGAACUGUUAAUAACGAAUACAGAACCUAAAUCAAACGUAGAUGGACUGGAAAAUGACAAUUCCUUAGAAGCGUCUGAAACGCUAAUAAAUCCACUCUCUCCACCUUAUCGAUUACGAAAUGAGAAGGAAAUAAAAUCUAAAGCACAGGAACCUAUUCAAGAAGGCUCCGUUCUUCCGCGGAGACCAAGAGGACGGCCUCGUAAAAAAGAGAUUAGAGAAUUUUUGAUAAAUGAAAUGAAACGAAGUAGUGCAUUAAAGACGAAAGGAAAUGGUAAGAAUGACGAUCUCACAGAGGGAACGGAACUAUUGCCUGUUUCUGAAAUAACAAAGAACGUUCCUGAACCUGAAUUAAAGCUAACAUAUACAUCGAAAUUAGCUGUUCAAUCGGAAAAUUUAGAAAGAGAAUUGGCUGAUUACUCUAAUAUUGAUUCUGACUCAAUUUGUAGUCCAGCCAAUGACGCCGUUUCUACGACACAUAAAAAGAAGGGAAGAAAAUGUGUUUCUAGUGGAAGCAAAAAAUUGGAGCCAAAUCAAAUUGAACAAUUUAUAACCGACAACAUAAAAAUUAUCUGCGCUGUGUGCGACGAACCCCAAGCAAAUUUUAGUAAAUUACAGCGCCACUCUCAAAAGCAACAUCAAAAACGCGGUUAUGUCUCAUGUUGCGAAAAGAAAUUCAUUAAACGCGCUUUCCUUGUUGAUCACAUAAAUCAACAUCUUAAUCCAAACCAUUUCAAAUGUGAACAAUGCGGGAAGAUAAUGGGAAACCGACGAUCAAUGAAAUCACACAUAAGAAUGCACGAGAUUUAUGAUGGUAAACGGGAGAAGCAACAUAAAUGUCAUAUAUGUGGUAAAGCUUUUGCUGCUCGAAUAGUCAUGAAAACUCACAUGUUAAUACAUAUCCCGCAAGACGAAAGAAAAUUUCGAUGUACGGAAUGUGGGAAAAGUUAUAGUAGUCAACUACUGCUUAAUAAUCAUUUGCAAGGUGUACAUCUGCACAAAUAUGCAAAAGUCUGCGAGAUUUGCGGUAAAACGAUACGAUCAAGUAUAGCCUUUGAACGUCACAUGCGAGAACACACCGGCCAACCUCUGCCCGAAAUUAAUUGCGAUAUCUGUGGACUUAAACUGGCCAGUCCUCGGGGAUUAAAACGUCACAAGAUACGCCAACAUCCACAGGGUGGAAAAAAAGGAUUUGAAUGUCCAAUAUGCCCAAAAGUGCCGCCGAAUCUCAAUGCUCUGAAAGAACAUAUAAAAUAUACUCAUGAAACAGGAUUUGAUCAUAAAUGUACAAUUUGCGGCAAAGGUUUCAAGCGAUCAAGGUCCUUAGUAGAACAUAUGGCCACGCACACUGGAGACGUUCUCUACACUUGUACUUGGUGUCCAAAGACAUUUAAUUCCAAUGCUAAUAUGCAUGCGCACCGCAAAAAGACUCAUCCCAUAGAGUGGGCGGAGCAUCAUCGCAAAAAAUAUGUCAGCAACUUUCUGAAUAAUUGUGGUGCUACUUCAGGGACUACCGAAUUACCAAUAUCUGGCGACCAGUGAAAUGGAUAGGUGUUUACUUUGUUUGGAAACGAACUUUGAAUUUCAGCUAAACAUCAAGGUGGAUUCAA